CUACUACGAAAGAUCGUCACGCUUAACCGACCUUCUACUAACUCUGACUUUCACUAUGAAGUUCUCUAGUGCAUCGAAAUACGAUGUCGGUUCUAUACUCUGGCUACCACCAAAAGACGAGAUACCAAUCGAAUAUCAUGCUACAGCAAAUUCGAUCGAUGAUGGCUGCUUCAAUCACCCUGUGGUAGUCCUCUCUGUGAAUCGAGCCAGGACCGAGGUUGUCGUUUUGAUCAUGACCUCUUUUGGGGGGAAAGACCUCCAGGAGCGACAUCCUCGGAACACCCAGACUCGUUCUAUGUACAUUCCAGUCCACCCUAGUAAAGCUCAUCCGGAUAACGAUUCUCUGCUAUUCCUCAGAGGAGAUGGACGCCUUCCUCGGAACAGUUACGUGACACUCAACCCUCAACGGACAAUUCAUGGAGGGAUACUCAAACCUUUGCGACGUUCAACGUGCACUCUUACAACAGACUCAUACAAGCAGCUAAUCAAACGCGUCGGUUUCCAACCACCGCCAUUCCACAACAGGCCUCCGGUAGCCCAACCAUCUCAAACCCCACUUCCCGUGCGUGAGCCACUCUACGACAUACCCCCAGUGCGUCAACCAUUGCCAGAGUAUGUUCGUCCUGUGGUUCCUCAAAGUAGGCCUGCUAUCUCGAGUUAUCCUACACCAGGCCGUUUCACAUAUGUCGAGAAUCGUAUGAGCCAGCCACAUGUUCAAACACAGCGCACGCAACCUCUCCUGCCGUUGCACCGGUUCAACGAGCGUCCCGCGGAAGAAGACCCUGUUCCUUCCUGUAUCAUCUGGGGAAUUAUGAUCAUCAUCAUCGGUGCUGCACUCCUUACUUUGAACUACUACAAAUGGUGA